AUGGGUCGAAGGAAGCAAGCUCGGCCACAUAGAUCAGUAGGAAUACUACAGAGAAGCUAUGAUAAUGAUACUCAAGGGGAAUUGAAUGAUCAAAAUGCUUCCAAUUCUGAAUUCGAGGCCGAUGUUGAUAUACCCUUUUUCGUUGAAGUUGAUGGGAGCAAUUGGGUUUCGGUUGAGCAUUGGGACAUUGCGGAAAUUCUUUUGACAAACUUGAAUAUAAGUGAAGAGUUUUACGGUUAUGAAUUGAGUGACGAAUUCUAUAGGAAUUCCAAGUAUUCUUUGAGGAUUAGGUUGAGUGAUGUAAGGGGGUUUAUUGGCCGUAUCAAAUUAGGUCAUUGGCCUGUGUUCAAUGCUAGUAGUAUAAGCUUGGAAAUUAUAGAAAAGAAUGUAUUGGAGGAUUCUGAGACGCAUUCGGUGAUGGUUGUAGGGAAUUUGGAUGGACCGGAAGAGGGUGUUUCAGGUCUUGUUCACUUGGUGAAUGUGAAGUUUCUGACACUAAGGCCGAUUCUAGGGGUCACAUGUUCGGAGGACAUGUCAUCUAUAAGGUUGAGAGUGGAGAUAUUGAAAAGUGCCUUUAAUGCAUGUGAGUCACUUCUUGAUAGUACAAGAUCAGUUUGGAAAAAGAGUAUGAUGAGUGUAAUGGCUUGGCUGCGCCCCGAAGUUAUGACUUCAGAAUCUAGGUAUGGAUGUAAUCUACCAGCAGACAUGGAAAUUGAUUUACCUGUGGAGACAGAUGAAGAUUCCUCUGUCUCAAAGAAGCAAAUCAGGUUUGAUGCUGCUGUUUUUUACGAAGCCAUUAAGCCUUCAAAGGAGGAUUCAAUGCUGCAGGAUCACUUGCCUGACCUGCUUCCCGAGCUUAGACCCUAUCAGCGGCGUGCAGCUUACUGGAUGGUACAACGAGAGAAAGGUCCUUCUGGAGGUUUGGAUGGAAGUGGAAAAAGUCAAUUGGUAUCUCCUCUAUGUGUGCCAGUGAAUUUAGUUGAGACACAUUCAAAGAUAUUUUACAAUCCAUUUAGUGGCAAUGUUGCAUUGCGUUCGGAGCACGCUUCACCAUAUGUCUUUGGUGGUAUUCUUGCUGACGAGAUGGGCCUGGGAAAAACCGUUGAGCUGCUUGCGUGUAUCUUUGCUCAUCGGAAGUCAGCAGCUGAAUUUGUCAAUAUUGCUGACAAUUUAUUGGAAGUCGCUGGGGAGCAUAAAAAUAGCCUCAAAAGGUUGAAAAGAGAGCGUGUUGAGUGUAUAUGUGGGGCUGUGAGUGAAAGCUCCAAAUAUAAAGGAUUAUGGGUGCAGUGUGAUAUCUGUGAUGCUUGGCAACAUGCAGAUUGUGUUGGCUUCUCAGCUGAUGGGAAAACUUCCAAAGCCAGAGAAAUUUCCGAGAAUUCACGAAAUCAGAUCAGAAGGAAAAGCAGUGCCAAAAUAGUUGAUAUGGAUGGCGAUCAUAUCUGCCGGCUAUGCUCAGAGCUGAUCCAAGCUACCGACUCUCCGGUCGCUACCGGUGCAACUCUUGUAGUGUGUCCAGCUCCUAUAUUGCCCCAGUGGCAUGCUGAGAUUGUUCGCCAUACAAAUCCAGGUUCGCUGAAAACUUUUGUCUAUGAAGGUGUUAGAGACACAUCUCUUCUAAAUUCAUCUGUGACAGAUAUCAGUGAACUUCUCCAUGCUGAUAUUGUCUUAACAACAUAUGAUGUGCUUAAAGAGGACUUGUCGCAUGACUCUGAUAGGCAUGAAGGAGAUCGUCGCUUUAUGAGAUUUCAGAAGAGAUACCCCGUUAUUCCAACUCCUCUCACCAGAAUAAUUUGGUGGAGGAUUUGUUUGGAUGAGGCUCAAAUGGUGGAGAGUAAUGCAGCUGCUGCGACAGAAAUGGCACUGCGACUUCAUGGGAAGCAUCGUUGGUGUAUUACAGGGACUCCCAUACAACGAAAGCUUGAUGACUUGUAUGGGCUCUUGAGAUUCCUUGAAGCAAGCCCUUUUGAUGUUCUUAGGUGGUGGACCGAAGUUAUACGAGAUCCAUAUGAGAGGGGAGAUGCAGGAGCUAUGCUAUUCACACAUAAUUUCUUUAAGCAGUUAAUGUGGCGUUCCUCGAAACUACAUGUCACGGAAGAGUUAGAGCUUCCUCCCCAGGAGGAGUGCAUCUCUUGGCUUUCUCUCUCACCAGUUGAAGAGCACUUUUAUCAGAGGCAGCAUGAAACUUGUUUGGACUAUGCCCGGAAGUUAUUGAGGGUUUCAAAGAUGAUAUUCUCAAGAUACAAGUCAGAGGUUUAUACAGUUUCUUGGUCUAAGUUAUCUGAUGUUCCAUCUGAUCCUUUCAUCACCCACGUAGAGGCUGCAAAGAUGUUCAACUCACUUCUAAAGCUCCGUCAAGCCUGCUGCCAUCCUCAAGUGGGAAGUUCUGGACUACGUUCUUUGCAACAGUCUCCCAUGACCAUGGAGGAGAUAUUAUCAGUACUUGUUGAUAAGACCAAGGUAGAAGGGGAGGAAGCUCUCAGGCAAUUAGUUGUUUCAUUAAAUGGGCUUGCAGGGAUAGCUAUAAUUAAGCAGGAUUUUCCUCAAGCUGUAGCAUUGUACAAAGAAGCGCUGGCUUUAACUGAAGAACACUCUGAGGAUUUCCGUUUGGACCCUUUGUUAAACAUUCACAUUCAUCAUAAUCUUGCUGAUAUUAUCCCUUUGACUUCAAACUACUUACAACAGUUUGAGUUUAAGGGGCAAUCCCCUGAAACUGCUACUGAUAAAGUGUCGAAGGCGAAUGGGGUUGAAAACUGUGAUCAACAUGCUGCAAAAAGGAAAAAAGUGAGCAGGGAAGACUCCUCAGAUUUGAUGAAUAAUUUUGAGAGUUCGGCUGAGCUUUCUUCUGAAAAACUGGAAGGUAACUUAAAUGGUGAUGACAGUUGUGAUGCUAAGCCCUACAUGCAGAUCCGAUCUGCUAGUGAUCAAUGUUUAAGAACAGCAUGUGAGACUCUAAAACAGAAAUUCUUAUCUGUUUUUAAUUCGAAGUUGUUCCUGGCUCAGCAAGAGUUCAGAAAGUUACAUGGCCAGGUUUGUAGUGCAUUUAGUGAUAGAAAAAAUCAACAUACAACUUGGUGGUUGGAAACACUACAUCAUAUCGAGCAAAAUAAGAACUCCUCAAGUGAGUUGAUCAGAAAGAUAGAAGAGGCUGUCUCUGGGACUCUAAACACAUCUAGAACAUCGAGGAUUGCAUCCUGCUUUCGGAGCAUAACUGCUCUUAAAUAUUAUAUUCAGACUGGUUUUGAUGCACUAGAAGACUCGAGGAACAUUUUACUUGAUAGACUCUUGGAAAUUGACCAGAACAUGGGAGAUCCAAAAGGGGAGGAUAUCGAACGUGUGAGACACUGUCCGAACUGCCAAGCUAAUGGGAAUGGUCUCUUAUGUGUUCAUUGCGAGCUGGACGAAUUAUUUCAGGUUUAUGAGGCCAGGCUCUUUCGUCUUAACAAGGGAAAUGAUGGAGGGGUCAUUACAUCUGCUGAGGAGGCAGUAGAUCUGCAAAGGAGAAAAUCUGCAUUGAAUCGUUUCUAUUGGACUUUGUCGCGACCUGAAAAAAUUCAUCUCCAUCUAGUGCCAGAUAUGAAGAUUGUGGAAAGAGGAGGGAUGUUCAGGAGAAAGUCAUGGUGGGUUUCAAAAUCUCCUGCUGAAUUGGAAGUUGCUCUUGGGAUUAUAAAGAGCUACUCCAAGGCUCUGUUAGGCAGAGAGGGUUUGUCAGCAGCCAACAAACAGCUACAUAUACUUGAGGGAAUGCGUAAGGAGUAUGCUCAAGCAAGGUCCUUGGCAAUUGCUCAAGCACAAGUUCUGCGUGCUCACGAUGAAAUAAAGAUGGCAGCCUCACGAUUACGCCUGAGAGAGAAUGAGGAUGAUAAAUCUAUCGAUGCCUUAAGUCUAGGAGAAUUAGAUGUAGCAAGUGCUGAUAAUUCUAGCGAUAAAUUCCUGGCAUUGUCCUCAUUAUCACGGAUUAAAGGGCAACUUCGUUAUUUGAAGGGCUUAGUACAAUCUAAACAAAAUCUGCAGUCAGGAAGCCCGAGGAAGUCAUCUUUAAUUCAAGUUGAGCCGGCCUCUAUGAUUUCUCCUAUAGAAAAGGAGAAUGAAUCCCCAGCUGAAGGUGAUGAGGAAGCAUGUCCAGUUUGUCAAGAAAAGCUCAGGAAUCAAAAGAUGGUUUUUCAAUGUGGGCAUGUUACUUGCUGCAAAUGUUUCUUUUCAAUGACUGAGGAAAGACUAUCUCAGCAUGGAAAGUUUCAUGAUAAAUGGGUAAUGUGCCCAACAUGUCGACAACAUACAGAUUUUGGGAAUAUAGCUUAUGCAGAUGAUAGACAGGAUAAAUUAUGCAAUUCUUCUUUUUAUGAAGGUUGUGAGAACUCUGAAGCUGCUAUAACUGUCCAAGGUUCAUAUGGAACAAAGAUUGAAGCAGUCACAAGGAGAAUUCUGUUACUCAAUUCUACUGAUCCAAAAGCAAAAGUUCUUGUUUUCUCUAGUUGGAAUGAUGUCCUUGAUGUGUUGGAACAUGCCUUCAAUGCUAAUAACAUAAGUUAUAUAAGAAUGAAAGGCGGCAGAAAGUCACACGUUGCCAUCAGCCACUUCAAAGGACAUCGAAGCGAUGUGAAAAUAGGCGCUAAGAUGCAUGGCAGGCCCCCAGAAACCAAAUCUGUUCAACAUGUUAUUCUUGUAGAGCCCCUACUCAAUCCUGCAGCAGAAGCACAAGCAAUCAGCAGAGUGCAUCGAAUCGGGCAGAAGCAUAAGACGCUUGUUCAUCGUUACAUAGUGAAAGGUACGGUUGAAGAAAGCAUAUAUAAACUGAAUAGAAGCAGAAACACUGGAUCAUUCAUCAGUGGAAACAAGAAGAAUCAAGAUCAUCCUGUUCUGACACUUAAAGAUGUUGAGUCCCUCUUUAAGGUAGUGCCCUCCACAGUACCAGAAAGCAACGAAAAGCCAGAUGGAAGCUUAAUGCAUUUGCCACCUUCUGUCGCUGCUGUUGUAGCUGCUGAGAGGAGACUAAUGGAGCAAACAACUUAA